GGUAAAAUGCAUCCAAUUAUAAUUCAGUAUGUUUACACAUAUGAAUAUUACAGUAGGGUAUUUGUUUAUUAAUUUUUUCAAGCAAAGUAUAAGGGAAUUGUACUCCAGUCUAGUAGGUGGCGGUAAUGCAACAUAUUGGAUGCAAACCGCAGUUAAACCUAAUCGAAGAAUAGCACGUCAGAAGCACAAAAAGGGAUAGCCAUACAUGCUUCAAAGAAACGCUCAGUGAGGGAUCUAGUUGGAUUUGGAGCCAUCAUGAGUGGAGUAACCCCUUAUAUCGGGAGCAAAAUUAGCCUAAUUUCGAAGGCCGAGAUUCGUUAUGAAGGGAUUCUCUACACUAUUGACACUGAGAAUUCGACUGUCGCACUUGCAAAAGUUCAGUCUUUUGGCACUGAGGAUCGGCCCACUGAUAGGCCCAUCCCGCCCCGAGAUGAGUUCUUUGAGUACAUAAUCUUCAGAGGCAGUGACAUCAAGGACCUGACUGUGUGUGAGCCGCCAAAGCCAACAUGCUCUCUCCCUCAGGACCCUGCCAUCAUCCAGUUCUCCGUGUGCUCGGCCCCUCCACCUGCUCCUGCUGCCACUUCAGCUCCAUUCCAGUCGUUGGGCUCCAACGGCCUGUUCAACCGAGCUCCCGUGCCCCUGUACAGCCAGUGCAACACCAGCCCCCUGGUGUCCCUGCAGUUUGACACCGUUAGUGUCGGAAGGUCAGUGCCGCCCUCCUCCUUUGGGAGCGACACCAGCUCCGCUGCAACCCAGUCCCAGAGCAGUGCUAUUGGCGCUGCUCUCCCCACUGAUUCACACUCUCUGGGUACCGCUACUGUCCUUGUAUCAAAAGGCCGCACCAGCCCCUCCCUGGACCCCCUGAGGAAGAGCCCCACAGUAGAGCAGGCAGCCCCGUCGGCCCCCUACGCUCCGACUCCCAGCUUGGGCCGUAGGAGUCCCGCUCCGGGCCGCACGACCCCCUCGGCUCCAGCCGCCGGCCAUGCCCAGCAGCAGCACCAUCACCAGGGUGAGACCGUCAGCGGGGCCCGCAGUAACCAGGCCUGGGGUGCGCCCUGCAACGCGCCCAUUUCUCACCAACGCCGUACCACUGCAGGGCUUACGAAUUCUUUCUUUAGCUCCGUAGUUGGCGGCCCCCCAUCUCAGAGGCGUGGGGGCGGACAACGCGGCAGGAGCCGCUUCAACGUGCACCUAGACGGACCCAUGAAGUUUGAGAAGGACUUCGACUUUGAGAGUGCCAACGCCCAGUUCAGCAAGGAAGAAAUUGACAGGGAGUUCCAGAGCAAGCUCAAACUAAAAGAUGAGACGGAGAAGGCCGCAGUGAACGGGGAGGAUAAGGGCAACUCCAGUGUGGAGACUCAGAACAGCAAGGGCAACGCUGAUGAAGGGCUGGAGGCACUAACACUUAAAGUUUACUACGACAAGUCCAAGUCUUUCUUCGACAACGUCUCCUGUGAUUACAGCAGGAAAGCUGCAGAAAAAUCUGGAGGAAGCUCUGGUUUCCCACUGCAGCGGAGGCAGACCUGGGCCGAGGAGAGGCGUAUCAACUCGGAGACGUUUGGCAUGCCCCUGCACGGGGGUCAGGCCCGUGGGGGAUACCGCGGGCGUGUCAGUAUGGGCUUCCGCGGGGGCAGGGGUCGCUCCGCCAGCAGAGGGUCCUUCGGUCCCCCUCACGGCGGCCACAGCUACAGGGGAGGGUACAAUCGAACAAGCCAGAGAGGACGGGAGUUUUCAGAGAACUUUGUGUACAGGGAUAACCGUGGCUGCAGAGUACACCUGGAGGACAGAUCCAGAGGGGCAACGCCUCAUCUUUAGAAAUAGUUUGUUUAUACUUUUGACUAAAAGAAUGAAGAUUAUAUAUUUGUUAACAUCACUGGGGCUGCUUGAAUGCCACUUCUUUUCCAUAUCUUUUAAUUAUCGAAAUUAUGCAAUCCAUCUAUCUUCAAAACAAUUUCCAGGUGGCUAAAUUGUAUAUACAAAUAUUUCUAAGGGAUGUCCUUGAGCAAUGAGGUUUUUUCCUUCUUCUUGUAACAGGUAUUUGAUUAUAUUCUGUUAGGUGUAGAGGGCCGUAUGACUGAGGAUCGCUGACAUAGCUUCAUUUUUGGGAGGUAACCUGUAAUGUAACAAAAUAGCCAGUGGGGUCUGUCACAGUUUUCGGUGUAUUUUUCAACCACACAAACUGUACCUAUACCUAGUCCGCUAGCUAUCCAUCUAUCCCACUUCUCCAAGUUAUCCAUGUUCUCCAAAUGGCAGUGUUUGUGAUUUUAGCUGGAUAUCAACUUUUUGUAAAGGAUAUUCUGUUUUAUUUACUUCCAGCUCUUCACUAGUGAUGGUGCUAGAUGUACUUGGCUAUACUCUUCUGGUUUGGUGAUAUAGUUUAAUUCUGGGUGCAUAACUAGGUAUAGGGAAAGAUGGAUCAUAGGUCAGGACUUAAUUUUCUUUUUUAAUUUUCUGUAGAUUGCCCUGUACUCGAGGCUACUGGUUUUGUGUGACUAGAGUUGUACAAUGCUGCUGUUUGCUACGGUUAUAUCUCUAGCGUAAUCUAUGUAAACUGCUACAAGAGCUCGCUAAAGCAGGCCCUCUAAGUAUGCUUCUUCCUGACAAUUGGGCCACAUUUCGGUUCCUAACAUUUCUAGGGAGUUUUCCAAAUUGUUAUUCCCUUUUACCUCUUUUACUCAGUCAGUUGGUUAAAACCUCAUCCUGAACUCCACAUCCUCGUUCCUCUCAAAGAAACCGGAAUGCCAGAAAAAAUUUGAGCCACUAACAGUACUUGAGAUGUCUGACGGAGAGAAACAAUACCCUGACUAAACUCUUGAUGCGAUGCCACUAACUCUGGUUGAUGGCUUGCUAAAGCUACACAAGUGAUGUCAGCCUAAUUGCUCAGUUAAAAAUUGGUUAAAAUAUUUGAUGAAUUGUAGAGCCCUUUGCUUUUAGCUUAGUAGGUAUUAGUUACAUAGCAAUGUUGAAGCUAAUUAUUUGCAGGGUUUGAAUGAUCAGGCACAAAUUGGGUGAAGGUUGGUUGAUAGAAAGUAAUUACCUUUGACUGAAUGUUGUCUGAUGCUAUCUUGGCCCGGCAUGAUUUAAAUAAGUACGUAAAUAGACAAAAUACUAGCUAGAUUUGGGAUUUUAUAUCUUGCAGGAAAUGUACACACAGUUGCACUUUUUACUAUUGAAUUUGUUUUAUAUAAUGGUGUCUUCUGUUCAUUUGUGUGAGUCCUGAGAUUGUAUUCCAGUUCUGCUAACUGCGGAUGACUGUGAGUCCCAAAUGGUAGCCUAUUCCCUAUAUAGUGCACUACUUGGCUCUGGUCAAAAGUAGUUCACUUUACAGGGAAUAGGGUGCUAUUUGGGAUGAUGUUAUGGGACCUGCCCCCCCCCC